UUUGGCGUUGAUCGACGUCGAGCGGCCGCGUGUAGCCGGGAUCGCUCGCUACCGAAGCGGUAGGGGGACAGCGAGAGGAGAUCGAUGGGGGGAGCGGGGCACGGCCACGGCGUGCAUUUCUUGGACGCGUGCUUCCUCUGCCGGAAGCCGCUCGCCGGCAACAGCGACAUCUUCAUGUACAGAGGGGACACGGCGUUCUGCAGCGACGAGUGCCGGAGCGCGCAGAUGGCGGCGGACGAGGCGGCGGAGAGGAAGGCGAGCGCGAGGAGCGCCAAGGCGCCGGUGACACAUGGGGCCCUGCCCGCCAGGGAAGCGGAAGGCCCGCAGGAGCAGCGCGGCAAGGUCCGGGCCGGGUCCAUCCUGGCCCUGUAACGAGAAAGUUCCUUCCCAAAUCUCUCUCGAGGAGAGUAUCUCCACGCAUGGCAUUUUCUUUUCCUUUCUUUCCAUCUAGCAGGUGGAGUACUCCUCUUACCUUACGAAACGCACCACCAGAGGUCGUCACUUUCGUGUUCACGGGUUUGUGUUUUUUGUUAAAAACCCUUGGGAUCAUCUGGUGGUGUUUCUUUUCUUUUCUUGGUGUGUGCUGGUUUGCUUGGUGAUCCAUGUAUACAAUACUGCACGUAUGUACCGUUUCCACAAUGUAUUGCCGGUUAGUCUACAAAGGAAUUAAUUAAGGUGACUGUACCGCAACACAGUGUGAUGUGGAAACGCUGUGUUGCUUCAAGAAAUGUCGACACGUCUCCGCCUGUACGUAUGGUUACUAUCGCGUGUACGAAAGUUUAGUUUCCGGUUUAUUUACAUCUAGGGUGGUAAUGGAUGAUGGAUCUUGUGCCUGCUUCACAAUCCACCCAAUCUUAUCUA